GGGGUAUCAGCCAUAAUGCAAGAAUUUCAGCCGGAGUUCGACCGUAUACUGGAAUACAUGCUAGCGAGCGAGGGUGAUAGCAGUAUUGGUGAUCCAUGUGCCUGCAAUCGGGAUGACGCCGUGCGGCUGUACAUGUGUCAUGAUUGUCAACACUACGAACCAUCCUGCCGGCAGUGUUUCCUGGAUUUUCAUGGCGGGCGGAAUCCGUGGCAUUGGGCUGAAGAGUGGAAUGGAACUCACUUCGUACGGCGAGACAUUGCUGAGCUGGGACAUGUUGUGACCAUUGGCCAUGAUCGCCAUUCCUCGCCACACUGCCACUACGCGUUGGAGUAUACACCUAUCGACUUCACUCUUGUGCAUAUCAAUGGGGUUCAUCAAACAUGGGUUGUUUUCUGUCAAUGUCCUGGCAAACCUGGCAAUCAUUUUCAGAACUUGUUGGAAAGUCGAAUCUUCCCAGCCACGAGGAAUAAACCCAGGACGGGUUUUACGUUUGCAGUGCUAAGAGAUUUCCACCUACACACGCUAACGUCCAAAAAAUCGUCAUAUGAUUAUAUUGAAGCUGUGAAACGCCAAGGAAACAAUGCCUUUCCCCAGGAUUGUCCAGAUGUGUACCGGCAAUUUGUGCGUGUUCAAAGAAUAUGGAUAGCACUCACAAUGAAGAAACGAAGCAGGCAAGCUCAUGGAAUUGAUAAGCAUUUUCCACAAUGCCCUGCUGGGUUCGUCGUGGUACCAUGCUUUGCUUGUCCAGAGUGGGGCUUCAACGUGUCGGAUCUGAUCAUGGACACCGUUUCAGAAAAAAUGAUACAUUUGGUUCAAUUCACAUUCAUGCAAGAUGGGCAUUUUGGGCUGCAAAGAUUCCGGAAAGUGGACGACCCUGAUGACAUAUCUAUUGUGACGGGAACAGGACUUUUCCCGAUGGACAAAGCUUAUAACGAGUACAUUGAAAAAGUUGUGGCCACCUCUGAUGAGGUAGGUAUCCUCCGAGCAAAAUCCACCUGUUCUCAGUUCAAUGCCAUCGAGAUGCAGAACAAGAUGAAGUUUAAAGGAUGCGUCAUAACGGGAGUCAUUGCCGUGGAAUGCGGUCGGCAUUGCAUCUUCAUUUCCAUGGUCGAUUUGCAUAAGGGUGAAUGGUGA